AUGGAUGACUGUUUCAAAUGUUCAGAAGAUCAUUAUCCAAAUAAAGAAAAGACAGGAUGUAUCAUGAAACUGUUGGUCUUUCUAACUUUUGAAGAAACUUUAGGAAUUGGUUUAGCCUCAGCAGCUCUUUGUCUCUUCUUCUUGACAUCUUGGGUACUUGGAACUUUUAUUAAGGAUAGGGAUACUCCCAUUGUCAAAGCCAACAACCGGUCCCUCACCUACACCCUCCUUUUCUCUCUUCAGCUAUGUUUACUCUCCUCUUUGCUCUUCUUCAGCCAACCUGGCAAAGUGACCUGCCUUCUCCGGCAACCAACUUUUGGCAUCACUUUCUCUGUGGCCAUUUCAAGUGUACUAGCCAAAACCAUCACUAUGGUUGUGGCUUUCAUGGCCACUAAACCAGGAUCUCAGUUGAGGAAAUGGGUGGGGAAAAGAUUAGCCUUUUCUACUGUCCUUUCCUGCUCUCUCUUGCAAGUAUGUAUCUUUAUUCUUUCGUUGUCAACAUAUCCCCCGUUCCCUGAGUUGGACAUGCACUCAGAGCUCCAUGAAAUGAUUUUACAAUGCAAUGAGGGUUCACCAUCCUUCUUCUACUGUGUCUUGGGCUACAUGGGUAUCUUGGCCAUUGCCAGCUUUAUUGUGGCUUUCUUUGCCCGUAAAUUACCCAACAGCUUUAAUGAAGCCAAGUUCAUCACCUUCAGCAUGUUGGCCUUUUGCAGUGUGUGGAUCUCCUUCUCUCCAGCCUAUCUGAGCACAAAAGGCAAAGCCAUGGUAGCUGUGGAGGUCUUCUCCAUCUUGUCCUCCAGCGCUGCAUUAUUGGGAUGCAUAUUUUUGCCAAAGUGGUAUAUCAUUGUUUUCCGGCCUGAGCUAAACCAACGGGAACAACUUAUAAAAAGGAUGUAG